GAGUAAGCUUCGGGGAAUAGGACUCGUGAAGUAAUCUGAAGGCACCCUUCAACUUUGUUCAUUGGAAGAUGGAAUUUCUUCAGGAAGAUGCAGACCCUCGGCGUGCGGUCCUUUAGCGUCGCACCCUGUAGAACCUAGAUGGGGGCGGCGACGAUCUUAGGUGCGGAAUCGUCGGCGGUUCCAACCUGGUCAAGUUUGCCGUGUUUGCCAGCCAAGCGUAUUCAUGGUAACCGCGUUCUUGGGAAUUGCAUUCUAAUACGCUUGUUCUUCACCAGCCUGCAUUCGAGUAGAGAUGUUGAUAUCGACGAAGUACCACGAUUACAAAUCAUCUCAAUCAGCAUUCAUGCGACUAUGUAUCUGCGGUUGUCACAAGUGAAGAUUUGGGUCUCAUUUGUCCCGAAUAUUCCUUCUUCGCGACAAUUCGACAAUGGUCAAUCACUUCACGGUGUCACCAGAAACUCUCGACCAUUCUCAAGGAGUAUGAUGCACUAUAAAAGAUAUCGUACCCGCACAAUAAUAUUCUUUGAACGAGCUGCGCGGUCUUUCAUCCUGGUCUUCAGCAAGUCUGUUCUCCUAAAAUGCUUCCGAGUUCCACUUUACUUCCUAGUAGCAUCUACUUCGGUGAGUCGUUUCGUGCAACAUGGUCCAUGGACAAAACAUGUUUCCGAGAUACAAAGUUACCACACGGAUCUCCUCAUAGUGGUAUUUUGUGCUUUGCGCUCAUCUUGUUAUCCACUGCGGUUUGCUAUGGAAUCAGUCAACAACUCGCCCAAAUAACGGAGUAGCUCGCUCGAUUACGAAUAUCCGAGUACUCGUAUGACGUUGAUAUAUGACGAUAUUGGACUUGGUCAGAUACGAAUGUAGCUUGGCAGCAAUUGCGACCAUUGAUCAGUUUUUUGUUGAUUAAGCCUCGAACUUUAUCGCACCAGGCUCUAGUAUAUGUCGAGGAUGGUACGGCACUCCUGGAAAAAAUCAAGUUCCCUUCA